UUUGAACAACUAAACUAGCGGAGGAGCGACCUUAUGUGCAUUACUACUGUAUAAUGGGUUUUUGCAAAAUUCCAUUUCCGAUACCUCUCCACAACUCUGCCAAAACCUGCACUUCAUCUCUUUCGCUCUUCUCCACAUUUCUUUCACCUUCUGUAAUUCAACAACAACGAAGCGCUGAAGCACAAGAAUUUGAAAUUGGUCGGAACUUGAUCGACGAUAAAACUUACUGGACCAGACGAAUUCACAAGCUUUGUGCUAUUGAUGGAAAUGUUAACGAAGCUCUCCGACUUCUCGACGAGCUUCGACUUCACGGCUACCAUCCGGACUCUCUUAAUCUCAGCAGCAUCGUUCACGCUCUCUGUGAUGCUCACCGCUUUUCCGAAGCCCACCAGCGAUUCCUUCUCGCCGUUUCCUCCCAUUUAACUGUCCCUGAUGAGCGCACCUGUAAUGUUCUCAUUGCUCGCUUACUACAUGCGGGUACUCCACAAGCGACUUUACGUGUUAUCUCCGCUUUGUUCUGCCAGAAACCUCAGUUUGUGCCGUCGUUAAUGAAUUACAACCGUCUGAUCCAUCAGCUUUGCGGUUUUGGAAGAACUACAGAUGCCCAUCAGCUAUUUGUUGAUAUGAGAAAGAGAGGGCAUUCUCCUAAUGCUGUUUCUUAUACAACUUUGAUCAAUGGGUAUUGUGACGUUGGCGAAGUUGGGGAAGCAGAGAAGCUGUUUGAUGAAAUGUCUGAGUGUGGAGUUAUACCUAAUGCGCUGAGUUAUAGCGCUUUGAUUCGCGGGGUUCUGAGGAAGAGGGAUGUGGACUAUGGAAAACAGCUGAUUAGGAAGCUUUGGGAUGUGAUGCUCACUGAAGAGGAUAUGCAUGUUAAAAAUGCAGCAUUCUGUGAUGUGAUAAAUUCCUUGUGUAGGGAAGGGUUCUUCCAUGAAGUGUUUAAUAUUGCCGAAGAUAUGCCCCGGGGCGAAAGUGUGGCUGAGGGUUUUGUAUAUGCCCAAAUGAUAGAUUCUCUUUGUAGAUUUGGGAGGUUUAAUGGGGCUGCUAGGAUAGUUUACAUGAUGAGAAAAAGAGGGUUCAAUCCAAGCUUAGUGUCAUAUAAUUCGAUUGUACAUGGUCUCGUCAAAGAAGGUGAUUGUUUCAGGGCGUAUCAGUUGUUGGAGGAAGGGAUUCAAUUUGGCUACGUGCCCUCAGAAUUUACUUACAAGUUAUUUGUAGAAGGUUUGAUUCAUGUAUAUGAUCUUGUUAAGGCCAGGGAAGUCCUCAAUGUCAUGUUAAAUAAUACAUUAGACCUUGACAGAACAAGGAUUUAUAACAUAUAUCUCAGAGCUCUUUGUGCUGUUGACAAUCCAACUGAGCUUUUGAAUGUUCUUGUAACCAUGCUUCAAACUCAAUGUCAACCGGACGUGAUCACCCUGAAUACUGUUAUUAAUGGCUUCUGCAAAAUGGGAAGAAUUGAAGAGGUUCAAAAGGUUUUCAAAGAUAUGAUGACGGGGAAGUUUUGUGCACCUGAUGGUGUGACGUUUACAACUGUUAUUAGUGGUUUUUUAAAACUCGGGAAAGUUGAAGAAGCUCUUGAGUUAUUGCAUAGAGUUAUGCCUGAAAAAGGUUUGAAACCCAGUGUUGUGACAUAUAAUGCAGUUAUCCAAGGGUUGUUCAAGUUACAUUGGCUAAAUGAAGCUAUGGAGGUUUUCAGUAGCAUGAUAAGUGGUGGCACUGCUGCUGAUUGCACGACGUAUACUAUUAUUAUAGACGGGUUGUUUGAGUUCAACAAAGUUGAUGAAGCCAAAAGAUUCUGGAACGAUGUUGUUUGGCCCUCAGGAGUUCAUGACAGUUACUUAUAUGCAGCCAUUCUCAAGGGGCUUUGUCGCUCUGGCAAAUUGAAUGAUGCUUGUGAUUUCUUAUAUGAAUUGGUAGAUUCGGGGGUUACUCUUUGUGUCGUCAAUUACAACAUUAUUAUUAAUGGUGCUUGCACACUGGGUUGGAAGAGAGAAGCUUAUCAGAUUCUUGGUGAAAUGAGAAAGAAUGGACUAGAACCUGAUCCUGUAACAUGGAGAAUUCUAGAGAAAUUGCAUGGCAAUGUGGAAAAACAGUUCUCUGAGGAUUUGACAUGUCAAGUUGGGGUGUAAGAUAAGUCAGUCGUAGAAGAACUUUGGUUUUAAAUACAGAGUGAAGUGGAAAAACUACGAAACAUGAUACAUCAGUUGUCUUAAACUGCUCUCUCUGGAGUAUUAAUGUUGUCAUGAUAAUAGGAUGUCUUUGAUAGUAAAAGAGGUAUUGCUCAUGAUGAAAUGAGAUGGUGCUCCUGAUACAUAUCUAACCCUGGAAAUAUGGAUGCAGGGAGCAUUGGAUCUUGACCAGUUAUACAAAAUCCAAAUUGGUUAGCAGGAGGUUAAUCAUUUACAAGUAGCGAAGUAAAAAGAGAAGAAACUGCAACAUAACUAUGAACAAGAAGUCAGAAGCGUAUCGAGAAGAUGGUUCAUCAUAUCUCUGCUAUAUAUUACUCAUAGCCACCAUGAAAUUUCCUUGUUAACCUUUUUAUUUACACAUUCAUCUCAGCUAGCUCAAUAAUGAGAUGUAUUUCAUUCUAUCUGAAUGUACUAUUUAUAAUGGUCAAGCAAAAAUUGAUGUUUCAUUA